UCUCUUCCCGGACGCUGGCGAAGCAUGAAAGGACUCUGGCCGAAGAGAUAAUAGUCGGGUGGGCGUAGCCUGGAGAGGGCGAAGUGUCCCACUUCCGCGGUGCUCCUCGCGCCAACGGAUGCAAGAGGAUUAUAGGAAACGCAUUUCAGUCUUUCGACGGGAAGUCUGCGUGCUCCGUUGCAGUGUGUGUAGGUUCCAACUCCAGCUGGACGUGGGGCGGCAGACCGGUGGAUCCGAGAACUAAUGAUUUACGUGCGACCUGAGGGGCCUCUCUUAAGGUGUCUGAUCUACUGACGACAAUUGAACUCACAACAUAAAUCGCUCUAAAGAGGAUUUACGGGCUGCUUUGACAUUUACGCAAGGCACUGAAUCGACAUGCACGGUUAUGGGAAAGCGCUCCUGUGCCUGGCCUGCUUUGGGCUGCACCUCUUUGCGAACACGGCAGCAAACCCAAGUAAUGAAACUGCACCCUUGGAGCAAAGGGCCACAGACGACGUACCGCUGUUCCUGACACCGUACAUACUGAACGGGAGCAUCGACGAAGCUCAGAGAAGGAGCAAGGUGGACCUGUUCGAAAGCCGCGUAGGAGCGAAGGCGCAUUCGGGCUACGUCACCGUGAACGAGAGCACCGGGAGCAACCUGUUCUUCCUCUACGUCAAGGCUGCCAAUAACCGAAGCGGCGAGACGCCUCUGGUCCUGUGGCUCGAAGGCGGUCCCGGCAAGUCGGCGCUGUUCGGCCAAUUUCUCGAGAGCGGACCGCUGGGCAUCGGGCCCGACGGGCAGCUCUAUCGGCGGCGGCCGACGCUCCAGGAGGAAGCGGACGUCGUCUACCUGGACCAGCCCGUCGGGGGCGGCUACAGCUUCGCGACGGACCGUCGUGGCUUCGCCCGCACGCUGGACGACAUCGCCGACUCGAUCGAGGAGUUCCUGCGGCAGUUCCUCGUGCUGUUUCCAGAGAACAGAAAUAGGCGCUUCUACGCGAUCGGAGAGUCGUACGGCGCUCGAUCAGCGCUUGGGAUCGUGAAUCGGCUGCAAGUUAACCGGAGCCUUCCACUGAGAGUAUCAGGGGUGAUCCUCGGAGUUCCUUUCGUCGCCCCUCUCCUGGACCUCAUGGACUCUUCGGACUACCUGUACAGCACCGGACUCAUCGAUGGCCGGGGACACCGGCUCUUCGCCGAGCGCUUCCAGCAGAUCAAGCUCGCCGCCGGCUUCAACCGCACGAUAGCCGCCGCGCUGCUUCUGAAGACGGUGUUCAACGCGAAAUUCGACGACGAGCCGACCCUCUACCAGCAGCUCACGGGCUACACGGAUCACGGGAGCGUGCUGCGGACGAGGCCGGCACCGGAAAAGCGCAAGUACCGCGAUUACGUCACGAGCGACGCGUUCAAGAGGGCCAUUCACGUCGGCGGAGCGACGCCGCUGGAGGCUCAGAUGCUGGCCUUGGGCUUGAGCCUGGCACAGAGCGACUACUUCACCGACAUCAGCGACACGUUGGCCAACGUCCUCGACUCCAGCAAGGUGCUUCUGUACACGGGGCAGAUGGACACGGUCUUUCCGGCGGUGAACACCGACCGCUACCUGCGCCGGCUCAAGUGGAGCGGUCAGCGCGAGCUCGAGUGCGCGCAGCGCGAGGCGUGGUACUCGUUCGCCGACGCCCACACGCCCGCGGGAUACGUGACUCGCGCGCGAAACUUGACCUACGUGCUGGUCUCUCGCGCCGGCCAUCACGCCACCUUCGACAGGCCCGAAGCGCUGUUCGACCUCACGUACAGCUUUAUACACGGCAGAAAAUACAGAGCGUCGUGAGUUUGUCGCA